CCAAAGGAUCGAAGUUAUGGAACAUCAGCUUCCUGCAUAUUUCGCAAUUUGAAUUUUCUGAAAGAAAAUUGCCCUUCCAAAAAGCACCACCAUGAUAUCCCGAAUACCGCUGAAGACGCUGGUCAAAACGGCUACCUACAUUGCCAUCGGUGGCAUCACCGCUACGUUAAUUAUGAAAUCCAAACUUGAAGAUCGCAUUCGCAGUCAACCCUACUAUCGGGACUCGCUGAAACUGCUGAGGGCCCACCCGGGUGCAAUCCAAGUGCUAGGGGAACCCAUCAAGGCCAUGGGAUUCGACAUGGGCGAGGAGACGAAAAAGUACAGCGAUGGGAAGAUCGACGGGUUCACCGUUCCCGUCAAGGGCACCAAUCAGCGGGGCAAGCUGCACUUUUGGGCCGAGCACAGGGAAGACAAGUGGAACAUUACGCGGGCUGAGUUGGAACUGGAUAACGAUGCGAGCCGACGGCUGGUUAUUCGGAAGGCGGAGUGAUGCAGGGGGUGUUGGGUAAUGUUGAAGGGUUGUAC